AGCGCGGUGAGCACGAAGAGCCGAGUCGUGAGAGCUGGCGUUUGGUUCUGUCGGUGCUGCACGCGUUCGAAUUCAAUUGCGGAACCAGCCGCGGACGGCGGCCAGAGUCCCGAGACAAGAAGACAGGCGGGCCCCCGGCCCCCGAGAUGCCGUCAGCCCUUAGAGGGCUAUUUGCGGCGCUGCUGCUGGCGGCCGCAGCCUCCACAGAAAAUCUUCAAAGCUAUUCAGAAAGGCAGCGCUACGAUGGCUGGUUCAACAACUUGGCCCACCCCAACUGGGGCUCCACGGAGAGCAGACUAACGAGAAAGGUGCCUCCCGCGUACUCUGAUGGCGUCUACAUGCUGGCUGGCCAGCACAGACCCAGUCCUAGAAAACUAAGUCAGCUGUUCAUGAAGGGCGACGAAGGACUGCCCUCCGCGCUCAACAGGACUGCGCUACUCGCGUUUUUCGGUCAGAUGGUUUCAGGCGAAAUCCUGAUGGCCAGCGAGAGCGGCUGUCCAAUCGAAGUGCACAAAAUCGCGAUCGACAAGUGCGACGAGAUGUACGAUCAGGAGUGUCGCGGCGACAAGUACAUUCCGUUCCACCGCGCCGGCUACGACAAGAGCACCGGCCAGAGUCCGAACAGCCCACGCGAGCAAGUCAACCGCGCCUCAAGCUGGAUCGACGGCUCCUUCGUUUACAGCACGUCAGAGGCGUGGGUGAACGCGAUGCGCUCCUUCCAGAACGGAUCCUUCCUCACGGCAGCUGCCGAUCCGCUCAGCAACGCGGCCAACAGCACCAAGGAGGAGCAGGACAAGGAUGAGGCGCAAGCAGCCAGCAUAGAACUCAGCAUGCCCCCCAAAAACCACGCCAGAGUGCCACUAUUCAACUCUCCAGCGCCGCACGUCCUUAGAAUGUUCAACCCGGAGAGACUUUACUUGCUUGGUGAUCCAAGAACAAAUCAGAAUCCUGCCCUCUUGUCCUUUGGCAUCUUGUUCUUCCGCUACCACAAUGUUGUAGCUGCCAGGGUACAGAAGGAAAACCCUGACUGGCCCGACGAGGAAGUAUUCCAGCGAGCGAGGCGAAUUGUAAUCGCCACCAUACAGAACAUCAUCAUGUACGAGUACCUGCCAGCGUUUUUGGGAACAGAAAUUCCCGCAUACAAAGGGUAUAUCAUGGAUGUGCAUCCAGGUGUGAGCCACGCUUUCCAAAGUGCCGCCUUUCGCUUCGGCCACACUCUCAUACCUCCUGGCAUCCUAAGGAGAAACACAAAGUGCGAGUUCAGAGAAACGUCCUCUGGCUUCAAGGCCAUCCGACUAUGUUCCACUUGGUGGGACUCAAAUGACGUUUUGGCCGCCAGCACGGUGGAAGAGCUCAUUUUGGGCAUGUCCUCACAAAUCGCGGAGAGGGAAGACACUUUCCUUUGCUCCGACGUGCGGGACAAACUGUUCGGCCCAAUGGACUUUUCCAGACGCGACUUGGGCGCCCUUAACAUCAUGCGAGGCAGAGACAACGGCCUGCCUGAUUACAAUACUGUCCGACACGCGUUCCACCUGCCAAAAAUCACCAACUGGACCGAAAUAAACCCGCAGUUGGCACAGGAGCGGCCCGAGUUGUUUGAGAAACUCGAAAGCGCAUACAAUGGACGUUUGGACGACAUCGACCUUUACAUUGGAGGAAUGCUGGAGAGCUACAAUAACCCUGGGCCACUAUUCAGUGCCAUCAUUGUUGACCAGUUUACCAGGAUAAGAGACGCUGACCGCUUCUGGUUUGAAAAUGAAGACAAUGGGAUUUUCACCAAAGAAGAGAUCAAACAAAUCAAGAAAAUCUCUCUCUAUGAUGUAAUAAUCAACAGUACCUCUAUUCAGCCGGAUGAAAUCCAGAAAGAUGUAUUUUUCUUUCGAGAAGGAGAUCCAUGCCCACAGAAUGAGCAGCUGACUCCUGAUAAGUUGGAAAAUUGCAAAUAUCUUCGAGGCUACGAUUAUUUUGAGGGAAGUGAACUAGUGUACAUUUACGCUUGCGUUUUCCUGGGCUUUGUCCCGAUCUUGUGCGCUGGCGCUGCCUACGGGGUUGUGAAGCUGCAGAACGGUCGGCGGCGUCGUCUAAAAAUGCGCCAGGAGGAAAACGACAAGGGCAAGAGCGUGGACAAGAUGGCUGUGAAAGAGUGGCUGCGCCUCAACCACAAGCGAGUGGUCAACUUCAAGUUCGGCCCGCAGCAAUCUGUCUACAUCGUCAACAGGAAAGGCGAGAAGCUGAGGAAGGCAGACUUCUCUGGCGUUGAUACAUUAGUCAUCGAGGAAACUGCAGACUCCAGAAAGAAGCCAAUGAUUCUCAUCAGGGUUCCUCGUGACUACGAUUUGGUUUUGGAAUUCGACAAUCUGGGAUUGCGAAAGAAGUUCAUGCACAAGCUGGAUACCUUCCUCACGACGCACAAAAUCAAGAUUGAAGUGAUACCCGUGAACAGGGAACAUAUGCUGGCGCACGCAGAGACCAAGGAGCGCCGCCAAAAGCGCCUCGAGCAUUUCUUCAGAGAAGCCUAUGCACUCACCUUUGGGCUGAGACCUGGCGAGAAGCGCAAACUUGAGGACGUGACCAGCGACGUGAUGAUGGUGAUGCGCACGUCUCUCUCCAGAGCUGAGUUUGCUUCCGCCCUCGGCAUGAAACCCGACGCGGUCUUCGUUUGCAAAAUGUUCCAGAUUGUAGACAAAGAUGGUGAUGGACGCAUUUCCUUCCAGGAAUUCCUGGACACCGUUGUUCUUUUCUCACGAGGUCAAACGAACGACAAGCUGCGUAUAAUUUUCGACAUGUGCGACAACGACCGUAACGGAGUCAUCGACAAAGGCGAACUCUCAGAAAUGCUUCGCUCACUGGUGGAAAUUGCCAAGACAACCAGCCUGUCGGAAAACAGCGUAACUGAGUUGAUUGAUGGCAUGUUUUCGGAUGCCGGGCUUGAGCACAAGGAACACUUGACUUACGACGAUUUCAAACUGAUGAUGAAGGAGUACAGAGGUGAAUUUGUGGCUAUUGGUCUUGACUGUAAAGGUGCCAAACAAAACUUCUUGGACACCUCCACCAACGUCGCAAGGAUGACAUCCUUCCACGUGGACUCAAACAUGCAUGAGGGGCGCCGAAACUGGGUUUUCCGUCAGUGGGAUUCUCUGACAACGUUCUUGGAGGAAAACAGGCAGAACAUUUUUUAUUUGUUUGUCUUCUAUGUCAUCACUGUUGCCUUGUUUGUGGAGAGAUUCAUACAUUAUUCGUUUAUGGCCGAGCACACCGACCUUCGCCACAUCAUGGGUGUGGGAAUCGCAAUCACUCGCGGUUCCGCAGCCUCCCUCUCCUUCUGCUACUCCUUACUGCUGCUAACAAUGUCCCGAAACUUGCUGACCAAACUAAAAGAGUUCGCGGUGCAGCAAUAUAUUCCAUUGGACGCGCACAUCCAGUUCCACAAGAUCGUGGCCUGCACCGCCCUCUUGUUCUCUGUGAUCCACUCAAUCGGCCACAUUGUCAACUUCUACCACAUCAGCACGCAGCCCAUCGAGCAUCUCAGGUGUCUCACCAGAGAAAUCCACUUUUCCUCAGACUACCGACCAGGCAUUUCUUUCUGGCUUUUCCAAACGUUGACAGGCUUGACCGGAGUGUUACUUUUUGUGAUAAUGGUGAUCAUCUUUAUUUUCGCUCAUCCGCUUAUCCGAAAGCGUGCCUACAACUUUUUCUGGACAACCCACUCACUUUACAUUGCCCUGUACAUUUUGUCGCUGCUGCACGGCCUCGCAAGGAUAAGCGGCCCCCCUCGUUUCUGGAUUUUCCUCGUCGUACCUGGCACAAUUUACGUUCUCGAUAAGGUCGUUUCGUUAAGAACCAAAUUCAUGGAAUUGGACGUGUUGGAAACUGAGCUGCUGCCUUCAGACGUGAUCAAAAUAAAGUUCUACCGUCCACCCAACUUCAAGUACCUCUCUGGUCAGUGGGUGCGUUUGUCGUGCACCGCUUUCAAGAGUGAAGAAUUCCACUCUUUCACCCUCACCUCUGCUCCGCAUGAGAAUUUCCUCUCCUGUCAUAUCAAGGCGCAAGGUCCCUGGACCUGGAAGUUGAGAAACUUUUUUGACCCCGCAAACUUCACACCCAGUGAAGACGAUAAUCCAAAGAUAAGGCUAGAAGGUCCCUUUGGUGGUGGCAAUCAAGAUUGGUACAAAUUUGAAGUUGCUGUGAUGGUUGGGGGAGGUAUCGGAGUGACACCCUACGCGUCUAUUCUCAAUGAUCUUGUUUUUGGAACGUCCACAAACAGAUAUUCAGGCGUUGCCUGCAAAAAGGUGUACUUUUUGUGGAUUUGCCCCUCGCACAGACACUUUGAGUGGUUCAUUGACGUCCUUCGCGACGUAGAAAAGAAGGACGUGACGUCCGUGUUAGAAAUUCACAUUUUCAUCACUCAAUUUUUCCACAAAUUUGAUCUUCGCACAACCAUGUUGUACAUUUGUGAGAACCACUUCCAGCGACUGUCAAACACUUCCAUGUUCACUGGUCUGAAGGCAGUCAACCACUUUGGUCGGCCUGACAUGACCUCGUUCCUUAAAUUUGUGCAAAAGAAGCACAGCUAUGUGAGUAAAAUUGGAGUUUUCAGUUGCGGGCCGCGCCCGCUGACCAAAAGUGUCAUGACUGCCUGUGAAGACGUCAACAGGGGACGUAAAUUGCCAUAUUUUAUUCACCACUUCGAGAACUUUGGAUGAUCUGUCUCUUCAAAUUGUACACUAUUUUUACUUGGCUGUUUUUGUAAAUAUUAGAUCCGUAUUUGAUAUUUUUAUACAACAUUAUUUAAUGAAAUUGGAAGUUACUAUGCUUGUUGUCUCUUUGUACACACAUUUAUGAAUGCUUCUACAACGGUUAUAGCGUGGUGUACAAAUAAAUGUCGAUCAGUCUUUAAAAAAAAAUGAAAA